CGGCGAAGUGUUUAAAGAUGACGGUGAUAGCUGAGAUUAGUGUUAACGAUGGCAACUUAGUUGUUCAUGGAAAGACUAUACUGAGAGGAGUGCCAAACAACAUUCAACUUGUCCCGAGUUCUGACAAUAGCCUUGGCACCAGUGUAUUUGUUGGUGCCACUGCUUCCAAUAAUAAAAGCCUGCAUGUCUUUCCCAUGGGUGUUCUAGACGAAUUACGGUUCAUGUGUUGUUUCCGGUUCAAGUUAUGGUGGAUGACCCAGAGGAUGGGAAAAUGUGGAAGGGAUGUCCCUCUUGAGACGCAAUUUAUGCUCAUUGAGAGCAAUGGCAGUGAGAUUGACGAAGACAAUUCUGCAACAAUCUACACUGUUAUGCUUCCUCUCCUUGAAGGCCAAUUCCGUGCCGUCCUGCAAGGCAACGACAAUAACGAGCUGGAGAUCUGUUUGGAGAGUGGAGACAAUGAUGUUGUUACCAGGCAAGGCAUUAACCUUGUCUACAUCCAUGCUGGAACCAACCCGUUCGAAGUUAUCAAUCAGGCUGUGAAGGCGGUGGAAAAACACAUGCAAACUUUCUCUCAUCGCGAGAAGAAAAGGUUGCCAUCUUUUGUUGACUGGUUUGGCUGGUGUACAUGGGAUGCUUUCUAUACUGAUGUUAAUGCCGAGGGUGUUGAAGAAGGCCUGAAAAGUCUAUCAGAAGGAGGUACACCGCCACGGUUCCUCAUCAUAGAUGACGGUUGGCAACAGAUUGAAAGUAAUAAACCAAACGAAGCUGAUGAUUGCGUCGUACAAGAAGGAGCACAGUUUGCUACUAGGUUGACUGGUAUUAAAGAAAAUGCCAAAUUCCAAAAGAGGAAUGAACAGAACAAUGAACAAGUCUCAGGCCUGAAGCAUGUUGUAGAUGAAGCAAAGAAAAAUCACAACGUGAAAAAUGUUUAUGUAUGGCAUGCUCUAGCUGGUUAUUGGGGUGGAGUGAAGCCAUCAGCAGCAGGGAUGGAGCACUAUGAAACUGCAUUGGUCUAUCCAGUACAGUCUCCCGGCAUACUCGGGAACCAACCCGACAUUGUCAUGGACAGCUUAGCUGUCCAUGGCCUUGGUCUAGUGCACCCAAAGAAGGUCUUCGAUUUCUACAAUGAGCUCCAUGCUUACUUGGCGUCAUGUGGAGUAGAUGGAGUAAAGGUUGAUGUUCAGAACAUCAUUGAGACCCUUGGUGCUGGACACGGCGGCAGAGUCUUGCUCACACGCAGCUAUCUUCAUGCACUCGAGGCUUCAAUUGCUCAAAACUUUCCUGAUAAUGGAUGCAUUGCUUGUAUGUGUCACAACACUGAUAGCCUCUAUAGUUCUAAGCAGACUGCUGUUGUGAGAGCGUCGGAUGAUUUUUACCCGCGUGAUCCGGCCUCUCAUACCAUCCAUGUUUCAUCUGUAGCAUACAACACACUUUUCCUUGGAGAAUUCAUGCAGCCAGACUGGGACAUGUUUCAUAGUUUACAUCCAGCAGCCGAGUAUCACGCCGCAGCUCGUGCAAUUGGUGGAUGUCCAAUCUAUGUUAGUGACAAGCCAGGCAACCACAACUUUGAUCUUCUUAAGAAGCUGGUUCUCCCUGAUGGUUCAGUUCUCCGUGCUCAGUUACCCGGAAGGCCCACCCUCGAUUGCCUCUUCGCCGAUCCGGCAAGAGAUGGGACUAGGUUUUUUGACUUCACUAGAGCUGCAUUCAUAUAUAUCUUACUCAAAAUAUGGAACUUGAACAAAUACUCUGGAGUAGUGGGUGCAUUUAACUGCCAAGGUGCUGGAUGGUGUAAGGUAGAGAAGAGAAUCCGCAUCCAUGAUGCAUCUCCUGGAACUCUCUCCAGCUUUGUUAGUGCCUCUGAUGUCGAUCUCAUAGCUCAAGUCGCCGGUGCUGGUUGGCGUGGCGAUGUUAUUGCCUAUGCUUACAGAUCAGGUGACAUAACUCGGCUACCAAAUGGUGCUUCAGUUCCGGUGACGUUGAAUGUUCUGGAGUAUGAGCUGUUCCAUUUCUGUCCUGUGGAGGAAAUUACCUCGAGUAUCUCGUUUGCAGCAAUAGGACUUCUGGACAUGUUCAACACUGGAGGAGCUGUGGAGCAAGUUGAAAUCCAUAAAGUUUCUGAGAACAACAACAUGGAACUAUAUGGUGGUGAGGCUUCAUCUGAAGUGACCAAUGAUCCGAGUUCUAACCGAUCACCAGCAGCAGCAACUAAAGUGAGGGGAAGUGGGAGAUUUGGUGUAUACUGCUCCCAACGGCCAUUAAAGUGCACCGUCGGCGGAGCCAAAACCGAGUUCAAGUAUGACUUGGAUACUGGGCUGACAACAUUCUCUAUCCCAGUUCCUGACGAGGAGAUGUAUAGAUGGUCAAUACAGAUUCAAGUUUGAGUCACUAAACUUUGAAUUUGUGCUAGUUGAAUUUGUGCUAGUUGCAUGAGGUGGUGAAUUUAGGUUAUGUUGUAUUUUCAUCAACUGAUGUUAUUCUCAGUUAUAUCCAUCACAACAAGUACUUAGGUUAUGUUGUAAGUUGUAAUAAUAGAUGAUGGAUAUAGUUGAGAAUAACAUCAGUUGAUGAAGAUAUAACAUAAUCUAAAUUCACCCCUCCAUGCAACUAACACAAAUUCUAAGUCAUAGGAACUGGGAUAGAGAAUGUUGUCAACCCAGUAUCCAAGUCAUACUUAAAAUCGGUAUUGGACAUCUCAUCAGGAAUCAAGGGGAAUAUAUAGAUCCCCUCAAGAAUGUAACAUGUUUGUUUCUUUCUUUCUAGAAUAAAAACGUUCUCAUCUGUUUCCAAUG